GGCUGCCGGCUGCGUGCCGUGUUUGGGAAAGUCGCAGGGAGAUGCUCCAGCGAGGCUGACAGACACACACUGCAAAGGGAAUUCAGUCUGGGCUGACUGACACCAGCAUCCUCAACGCUAACCAGCACCAGGCGGGACUGUUUCCAGACCUGUAGGGUGGGAUUCCUAACACAAACAGCACAUGAUGCAGACACACAAGCUCCCUGGUCCUGCUCUCUGCUUGGCUGUGUUGGUGCUCCUCUGCAUGGGCACUGUGUGUGAGCCCUACAGGACCCCCUUCUCAGACAGAGACCCGGAGAGGUCUGACCCCAGAGCAGAUCACCACCCCAGUGAUUACACCGGAGACUACUCUCAAGAGUACCACAGAGAGACCAGUGGGGCGAAAAGAUCAGAAUGUCAUCGUUGCUGUGAUCCAGAGGAAGAACCUCCCAGGUAUCCCUAUCCCUCCCCACAAUACCAGGUGGUACCCCACAUAAACAUCACCAUCCUGAAAGGUGAGAAGGGGGACCACGGACAACGAGGACCCUAUGGCAAAUCAGGGAAGACAGGACAGACAGGGCCGCGAGGCCCACACGGACUCAAGGGCAGCAAGGGCAACAUAGGGGUCCCAGGUGACCCCUGCAAGACCUACUACUCUGCCUUCUCGGUGGGCCGCAAGAAGGCCCUGCACAGCAACGACUACUACCAGACGCUCAUCUUCGAUACCGUGUUCGUCAACCUCUACAACCACUUCAACAUGUUCAGCGGCAAGUUCUACUGCUACGUGCCAGGGAUCUACUUCUUCAGCCUAAACGUGCACACGUGGAACCAGAAGGAGACAUACCUGCACAUCAUGCGGAACGAGCAGGAGAUGGCCAUCCUGUACGCGCAACCCAGCGACCGCAGCAUCAUGCAGAGCCAGAGCUUCAUGCUGGACCUGGAGCAGAACGACGAGGUGUGGGUGCGCCUCUUCAAGGGCGAGAGGGAGAACGCUGUCUUCAGCGAUGACUUUGACACCUACAUCACCUUCAGCGGCUACCUGAUCAAAGCCAAGAGUGAGGGGUAGCACCUGCACUGGGGGGCACGAGUGAGGCCGGUCACUCCACUCUUUUUAUUUCAGCUCUUUCUUAUUUUUCCUUAUCCUUGAGUGUGGUUUUAUAACAACUGCAUAUUGCGUAAUCUGUAUAAAGUAUAUUGCGGCAGGUGGUUUUCAAAGCGUUUUGAGACAAACACAACAAAAGUGGGUGAAGAAUGAACAUAAAAGUGCAAUGUGUUACAGUACCAACUUCAAUCAAUCAGUCUGUCAGCUUCUACAUGCCAUAAGGCUCUUUAAAGUCAGUGCCACUGAAUCCUUUACAGUGCACUAUUCCCAGAGGGCGCAACAUAAGAAAAAGUGAUACUAAAAUAUUUCUGUGAAUGUCCACUUUGUUCCUACAUUUUUCGCAAUGCAUUUUGAGGUGCAUUUGUUUAAUAACUGCAAUUUAUUUGGUGGAAAAAACAGAUUCAGGUAGCUUCAUAAAAGGAAGAGUAACAUUAAGCUAGCAUGUUCUAGGCCUUUGAAUAAGACAUGGGCUUUUUGUGUCAAAGAGCAAUGUCUUCAAAAUAUUCACCUUAAAUUAAUGAUAAUGUUUAAAAGCGAUUUCCUGAAAAUGAGGGAGGUGAACAGAUAAGUUUCUUGCCAAUAACACAUUCUUACAAUACUGAAGUAACCCUUGACCCACGAUGCACACCUGAAGAUUGAUUCUGGCAGUAUAUGAUAAUAUUUGUAGUAAACACCCACUGUGAGCAAUAAAAU